AUGAAAAAAACAAAUUUGAAGCUAAAUGCUACUACCACAUCAAAAAGACAAAACAAAGAAAAUACAAUUAAAUCUCCACGAAAAGCUAUUUCCCCAAAAAACUUUAGAUAAAAAUUAACUUGUCCUGAUUUAUGGGAUAACCUUGAAAAAUAAUUAAUCACUUCUGAAACCAUAUUUUAACAAAUAUUUCCUCAUCCCAAUAGAAAGAGGUUGACUUACUUUUAGUUCGAUUAACUCAAGCUUCUGAGUGUUGAAAAAAAGGAAAUGUUUGAUUUAUUGUAAUAGGAUGACUGGAUUGAAUACAAUAGAGCAGGCAAAAUUCUAGGUGAAAAGUAUGGUUACGAAUAAAGUCAUUUGAAGUAAUGGUUUGAUGAGAAUCAAGUGAAUUAAACUAUUAAAAAAGUAGAUCUGCUCAAAAAAUAUAAAGACAAAAGUAAUUUUAUAACCAAAUUAUUUGAAGAAAUUGAUUUUAAUAAUACGUAAGAAUUAUCAUAUUGGGAUAUCUAUCUUCACAAAGAUAUUUAUGUACUUAAAUAAAUAAUACCAUCGUGA